ACAUGGAUGUCCUUGGUACGGCUCGUGCCUAUAUCAAGGAGAUGGUAAAUCUUGCUGGACCCCAAAUGAAAGUCAUACUUAUGGAUAAGGAAACGACUACCAUGGUUUCGUGCGCAUUUGCACAAUCUGAAAUGAUGCAAAAAGAGGUGUACUUAUUCGAACGCUUGGAUUCGCCUGUACCAAGAGAGCCGAUUAAGCACCUUAAAUGUCUCGUUUUUGUUCGGCCUACGCCAGAUAACGUGCAAUUAUUAUCGACAGAGCUGCGAAAUCCAAGAUACGCACAAUAUUACAUUUAUUUUUCGAAUAUUGUUAGCAAGACUGACCUGAAGACACUAGCUGAGGCAGAUGAACACGAAGCUGUUCGAGAGGUUCACGAAUUCUUCGUCGAUGGCAUUGCUUUGAGUGCACCGUUGUUCAGUGUGAACUUGAAGCAUAUCUAUGAUCAGUCCUUCAACGUAACGGCUUCUUCUUUCCUCCGAAUUAAGCAAGCGCUUGUGGCAUUGUUGUUGAGUCAAAAGAAGAAACCCUUGAUAAGGUAUCAACGUUCAUCGGAAGAUUGCAAACGGCUGGCUGAAGAUUUGAAUCAAGUUAUGAGGCGAGAGGAAGGUCUCUUUGAUAAUGCAAAGCGCGAUGCAGUCUUGUUGAUAGUGGACCGUAGUGAAGAUCCGGUAACGCCUUUACUAAAUCAGUGGACUUACGAGGCAAUGGUUCACGAACUGAUCACAAUCAACAACAACAGAGUGACGGUGGAUGGCCAAAGUAUGGUAUUGAGCGAGUUACAUGACGAAUUCUACGCGAAGAACCUUUCUUCUAAUUUUGGAGAAAUUGGUCAGAAUAUCAAGUUGUUGAUGAACGAGUUCCAGCAGAAAUCUCAAAUCCAUAAAAAUCUAGAAUCCAUAGCUGACAUGAAGAAUUUUGUUGAAGAGUAUCCACAAUUCAAAAAGAUCUCAGGCACAGUUUCAAAACACGUCACUUUGGUUGGAGAACUUAGCAAAAUAGUUUCAAAUCAGAAUCUCUUGGAGAUCUCAGAGGUAGAACAAAGCAUAGUCGCGGAAGGGGACCACUCUCGAUGUCUGGAACGUAUUCGAGCUCUUAUCACUCACCCUAAAACAACGCGGCUGAAUGCCCUUCGGCUGGUGCUACUCUAUGCGCUUCGGUUUGAAGGAAAUCCAAAUAAUGAACUCUCUUCAUUAGUGGGUAUGCUUAAGAAGGUGAGCAUAAUCCUGAAUUUUUUUAUGAUCCACGUGAAGUUCCUUCUUGAAUUGUUUUUAUUUAACUCCAAUGUUUCCCAGGAUAGUGAUGCUCCAAAAGUUGUUCGAGCGCUGUUGAGGUUUGGGGGCGCUGCACGGAGAAAGAGUGAUCUUUUCGGAGAAGGAUCAACAAUGGGAAUGACGAAGAGGUUUAUCAAAGGCCUUAAAGGAGUUGAGAAUAUUUAUACACAACAUGAACCCUAUCUCAAGGAUAUAGUUGAAAAUACCGUCAAAGGACGAUUGUCAGAGCAACAGUAUCCGUACGUCGCAGCAGAUGUGACGGGCGGUCGGCAAGAAAAUUUGAUCGUAUUCAUUGUGGGCGGAGCUACCUUUGAAGAGGCAUUGUUUGUCCGAUCUCAAAAUGAGAAGCGAAUGCAAGGAGGAGGUGGUCCCUCGAUAACGCUUGCCACGACGUUUAUGCACAACACGACUAGGUAUUUAGUUGUGUUCAAUGUUUAUAGAUGGCUUUAG